GAGUUCCUCUUCAUUUUCGCGAUCGAAAUCAUCGAAUAGUCUAUUUUUCUCAGACUCGAUUAGAUCAACAGCUGAUAUUUUAGCUGCACUUUAUUCCGACUUUACAUACAAACAUGUCACGAGGGACUCAAGAAAGAGGAAGAGCUUUUAGGGUUCGGAGCAAUGUGAGCAAGACGAUGGGGAUCAAACUCGAUGGCGGGAUCAAUGCCAUCAGUCUGAACAAGGACUCUACACAAGUAGUAGCAGCUGGUCGACAGGUUUUCAAGAUCUUUCACAUAGAAGAGAUGGGAUUUCGGGAGCGGAUAGACCUGAGGGUGGGGCGCAUGAACCUCAACUACAGCUGCAAUGAUGUCGCAUGGCACCCUAGUAAAGAUGAGUUGAUCGCCACCGGGGCUACCAAUGGAGCAGUCAUCACAUGGGACCUGAACAAGGCGCAGGGGAACAAGAUGGACCAGGUCUUCAAUGAUCACAAGAGAACAGUCCACAAAGUAUCUUUCCACCCCAGGGAGUGGUAUAUGCUCUUCAGCGGCUCAAACGAUGGCUCAAUGAAAUUCUUUGACCUCAGAACAAACAAAUGUGAGACGACGUACGGGAACGGUCAGUCGGAAUGCAUCCGUGAUGUCCAGUGCAGUCCACACCAAUACUUCAUUCUGGCAGCCACGCUGGACAAUGGACAUAUACAGUUCUGGGACUACAGAUGCCCUGACAAGGUGCUACUGGAUUUCCCUGGCCACAACGGACCAGCAUUCAACUUAGAUUGGCACCCUGAAGAGAGUAAACUGAUUGCAACCUGUGGAAGAGAUAAGAUCAUUAAGAUUUGGCGAUGGGAAGGGCACGGUAAUGUCCUGGAGCCAGAGUACACCAUCUAUGCCAUUGCUUCGGUCAACCACAUCAAGUGGCGUCCAGAGAAGAAGCACCACAUAGCCAGCUGCAGCGGGGUCGUGGACCACACCAUCUGUGUCUGGGAUGUCCGGCGCUCCUACAUGCCUUUUGCAGUCUUUGAAGAACACAAGGAUGUCGUGACAGGUAUUGCUUGGAGACAAGAUCCUCAUGUAUUUCUCAGUGGUAGUAAGGAUUCCAUGCUUUAUCAACAUAAAUUCAAAGACGCUAAGCGACCAGCUGAAAGUGCGAACCCAGUUGGCGUAUCUAUGAGCAUCUACGAUGACGUCUGUCAUGCUUUCAACAAGAGCAGUGCAAGAACCAACAUGCAAGCACAGCAGAACUAUGCCUCUACCAACUUUCCCAUGAGAUUCCGCAGGACUCCAGACGUGUCCGAGCAUUACGAGCGCUAUGAGAGCAGCUUACUGGUCCAUGAACGCAAAGAGGCCACAUUUUCAGAGUCCUUCAUCCAAAGUGCCAGGCGGUAUCUCUUGACUGGAAAACCUUUCCCUGAGCUGUGUGAACACAACGCACAGGUUGCAUUGGACCUCGGCAGGUAUCAGAUUGCUCAGACAUGGAGGAUGUUGAGGUUGUUCUACUGCACAGAUACUACCAGUGCCACGCCCCCUGUCUAUACCAACAAGGGGAUUCCCCCAACAGAAGCAGCGGCAUUCACCAACGAUUCAGAUAAAGAUAUUUCAGCUCCUCAGUUUGGUCUCAAUCAUCUACCUUCUCAUCAUGACUUCCUGAACCUAAACCCUACCGCAUCCAGCGCCAUCGACUCCGCCACCGGCGUCACCGACGACAACGAUUCCGUCAUCAGUGACAGUGAGCACGACCACGCACUCUCCGGAGCACCGACCCGCGGCAAGCGACGCCACUGCUCACAAGAUGGCGCCCUAGGUGCGGUGGAUUUUUAUUUUCCACUCGGUGAGGGGGAGGAGGAAGAGGAGGAGGAAGAAGAGGAAGGGGGUGUGUUCGGUCGCUAUGGUGACGAGAUGCAGGAGUGGAAUGACUAUGUCGGUCUACCGACGGAAGCAUUUGGGCAAAGACAUGAGAUCCAAGACAGACCGCCCUCUCCAGACAUGUUGCAGGACAGAAUACGGCCAGAGUCUCCUGUUGUGCCGCUACUGGACCUAGAACCUGCUAUUACCGUGAACUCUCAACUCUUCCCCUCGGCACGGUCUCUGAACCAGACUCCUUCUAAGCAGCUACCUGAGCUACAACUCUCUAUCAAGUUCACUCCUAUUGUGGUUAACAUGCUGUCUGACUAUGCUGAACAGGGCGAUGUUCAAAUGGCUGUAUCGGCAUUUAUCGUCCUCGACAACAAGAUACGCAAUGAAAUAGCCUCUGAAAUACAGGAACAAUGGUUCAUGUCUUACAUAGAACUUCUGAGUCGGUUCAAGCUGUGGUGUGUGUCCAACCAAGUUAUCAAGCUCAGUAAACACCCCGCUGUUGAGAGCUUAAAUCAGCAAUCCACAACAGUGUACACAAAGUGCAAUAGGUGCAAUCAGACGUUGGAGAAGCUGUCCUGGGUGUGCUUUCAAAAGAAUCGCCAAAGCUUCACAAAUCCAUGCAGUAUAUGCCAUUUACCAGUGAAAGGCCUUUAUGCAUGGUGCCAGGGCUGUUCACAUGGCGGACAUUUAGAACACAUUCGAGAGUGGCUCAAGACAAACCAAUAUUGCCCUACAGGCUGCGGACACCAGUGUGAAUACACCUAAAACAUUGGACUUACAGUUGAAGUGAUAGUAUGAACGCAGCAUUGUUCCCAUUUGCAUGGAGGUAUUAACAUGUUAAACCAGCAUUGCCUACAGGCCGUAAGCACCAGUGUGAAAACACUUUAUACACUGGAUUAACAGUUGAAGUGAUAGUAUGAACGUAGAAUGAAUCGUAUUUCCAUGAGGGUAUUACAUUUCAAUCCAGUAUUGCCCUACAGGCUGCAGACACCAGUGUGAAUAUCCCAAUACACUGGUCUAACAGUUGAAGUGAUUGUAUGAAUGCAGUAUGGUUCUUAUUUUCAUGGAGGUAAACCAGUAUAGCCCUUCAUGCAGCAGACAACAAUGUGAAUACACCCAAUACACUGGACUUACAGUUGAAGUGAUAGUACAUGUAUGAACGCAGCAUGGUUUUAUUUUCAUGGAGGUUUUGAUGUUGCAAACCAGUAUAGCCCUACAUGCUGCAGACACCAGUGUGAAUGCACCCAAUACACUGGACUAACAGUUGAAGUGAUAAUGUGUGGCAUACACUGUAGAUCUACUUGUGUAUAUGGAGCUAUCAUCGUUACACACUGAAAGCAUGGGUGAUAAUGUGAACACAUAAAACAAAUUCAAUUUUCAAUUUUAUUUAAAUAUUUUUUCUCAUAAAAAUCCUUAAAAUGAAAAUACACAACAUAUGUACAAAGAUUAAAAUUCACAAAAACAACUGCAAAGUGCCCAUCAGAUUAAGUAUGUAGUAGCAAUCAACCAUUGUAAAAUUGUAACAUAAAUUUGCAAACAAUUUAUGCAAUACCUCAUAAGUUUUUGUUCAUAUAGCACCAUCUAUCUGGACCUGAUUUAUUCCAAAGCACAUUGUUAUUAUUAUCAUUACCCUGGCUUUGGCUCAAGCUUCCUUGUAGUGCUCAGUACAUUCAAGGAAAUAAUCCUGCCGGGGGUACCCAUUCACCUUACCUGGGUUGAGUGCAGCACGAUGUGGGUAAAUUUCUUGCUGAAAGAAAACAUGCCAUGGUAUGGAUUUGAAAUCCAUGUCCCUCUGAUUUUGAAAGAUGAGAGUCGUAACCAGUAAACCGCGAUGCCCCCUCCCUUCCCCCCCACCCACAAAGGCCACUCAAUUUGUAUCCAAUCAGAUGUAUUUGUAUUUGAUAUGUAGUUGCACCCCAUAUGCAAUUAGCCCCCAUUUUUAAAAUACAAUUAAUAGCAAGAUGCUGAAACUGAAAUAUUCCCUGUUGAUAUGCUGAAUGCAUAAGUAGA